AUGUCUCAGGAUAGCCAGAGCCUAAGGAGUCGGCUUAGCAGCAGAAAGAACUUUAUCACAGCUUAUUUGGGCCUGCCAGAGAACUCACCUCGAGAGCCAGAAAAGGGGAUGAUAGAAGAGUACAUGGAGGGAAGGCUUCCCCAGCCCAUCCCCCACCUGGCAGUCCUUCUGGCCCUCGCCACCCACCUUGCUUAUUGCUCUCCACAACCCCCAGCAGGAAAUGAAAAGGAAGGCCCAAAGGAAGAACCCAGACAGAAAAAGACAGAGGGCGGGGAGGGGCCUGGAAGACGGCGGCGGCAGCGGGCAGAGCGGGGCGAGCGGAAGGGACCUUGGAGGGGAACCCAAGAGGGGGGUGUAGGCAGCGCCGGCAGGCAGCGAGGAACCGGGCUGCAGAGUCUACCACGCUCGACAUCCGGGGCGGGCGGCGCGGGGCGGAGAAAGUCCAGGAGAAAGUCUGACAACCACAGGGAGCGGGGGAGGGAGAGACCCUGUGGAAGAGACGAAGACUGCGGCAAAAAAAGGAAAGGAGGGUUACGGGCACCGAGGGGGAGCUGGAGUCAGCCGCAAGGAGAGAGGGAGCGGGGGAGGAAAAGAGGCGGGAGAGAGACCCUAAAAAGCAAGCUUGACGCUCCAGCGGGCCGCUCUGGUGUGGGGAGGGAGCGUCAUCUCAAGGACACUGAAAAAGGCAGGUGGAUGGUGCAGAAAUGCGGGCGCCGCGGCCCCGGGCGGGCGGGCACCGGCCCGCUGCCCUCGCCCCGGGACGCCCCCGCUCCGCACGCUGAAGGCCCAAAGCGCACCCCCACCCCCAGCCCCACUCCCGGCCCAGCCAGUGCUCGGCGCUGGCAUGAAAUUGGCUGCAGCCGUAAUGAGUCCGCGCCGCGCGGAGGAGGCUGAGGGCCCGCCAGGGAGCCCUGCGCGCCUCGUUUAGCUUGUUUAUUGUUCAGGCCUAAUUAAAACGUUCCACCGCGCUGCGUUUACAUCCGCCCCCCGCUAAUGAAUUCUCGGCCGCCGGGCGAUUUCGGAAACUGCCGCGGGCCGGAAGGGGGUGGGAGGCGACGGGGCUGGGGAAGGAGUGAAGGAGAGGACACCCACGCACACCCCGUUCCACGGCCAAAGGAGCCAUUAGGUAUCUGGCGAUUGGCUCCGAGGUCCGAGUGAGCGCCCCAAGCCCCAGCUCCCCCAACGCCUGCAGGCGUUGGGAGGUGUGGAAGGACGGGCCGCAGGGCUCAGAGGAGGGGCUGCGGGAGGGAGGCCGGGAGCGAGUGUGUGUGUGUGUAUGUGUCCUGUGCGUGCGAAGGCCUGUGAGCCAGGAGGGUAUUGCACGUGGGGGCACCUGCUCCGUCAAGCGUGUCCGCGGAGCAGCCUGUGUGCGCAGGAGUGAGUUUGUGGGUGUAGGAGUGAGUGUGUGUGUGUGUGUGUGUGUGUGUCCGUCCCUUUGGCUGUUCAUGUCCCUUUCUCCCCCGCAGGGGGAGUCUGCGCGGGGCUUACAAUAUUCUUGUUUCUCCCGCCGUAGCUGUUUGCCGUUUUGCUGUUUGCCUCCUUGUCACGACCUCAGCGAGGGCAGAUGGAGGCAGUGGAGGGAGAGAGACAGACGGCAAUGCUUGGGUAGCCAGGGCUCCCUGCCGGCCCCACUCCUCCUGCAGACACGAGCACACACACACACACACACACACGCAAAACACACACGCUGCCCUUCGCCACACGUAGCCAAAUAAAAUAUACAAAAAGCAACUGAGUUACCAUUCGCACAUGACCACAUGGAAACACACAAAUGAACAAACGCAUUCAGGCAUAGCUACAUGCCAGUCACACAGAUGGAUAGACAAGAGCCUGGGGUACAAAACCACAUGGCACAAAGCCACCUGGAUUUACAUACCCCUACACACACAACACAGAAAAAAACAUGCAAACUUGAGUACACACCUAUCCAGACAAGUGUGAGUGCACACACACACACUCACUCUACCUGACACGUUAGUGCAUCCCCAGUCGGCCCCAGUUUCUCUUAGCAAAUUCAGAUCACCCAGCCUGGCUUCGAAACCUGUCCCCUUCCAUUCCCCUUCAUGCUGGUUCCUGAAUCCAGCUCCUCGCUCCAGGCCAGCAAAGCUGUCCCCAGCCUCAUUUAUGGUUUGCUCACCUGCCUCAGCAACAUCAGCCAGAGGUACUCCUGCUCUUCUCCUAAUCUGUUCCAUGCCCUGUUGGGUUUCUCUUUGCAUACCCCUCUAACUCCCCCACUCCUAGCAGCCUUCCCUGAUGAACUAGCUGGCUUGGAUUCCGAAUUUGCUCUAGUCAUUUGCACUUGUUGAUCUUUGCUGUGGUGAAUGUCAAUGAGAUAACUUUGCACCUAUAAACAUAAUGUUGGCAGGGAGGAGGACUGUAAGAUCCCCAAGGCGAGGACCACUGUGCCCAAGUAUUUCCAUCAGAUGCCAGGCCUCAUCCCUCCAGUGCCAGGCUGCGAAUGCUCCUGGAAGCAUUACUGCCCGGUUUUAACAGACAGAAAAAUGAAAUUGGCCCUCAAGCAGCCACUAGAAGAUCUCCUUGUCAUAUCCUGCAAGGUUCCCCUUCAGGGUGGCCUUUCAGAGCCACUUUGGAUGAGGGCACACCCUCUUCUGUGUCUUCCCAUUUUCACCUUCUUUUUAACUGGAAAUACUGCUCCCCAGCUGGGUCCUCACCUGAUUCUUCAGCCUUGAUUCCUAACACUUAGACUGUUUUCAAAAAUUAGAUCUACCCCUAAAGGACACAAAUUUGCCUCUGGUGCAGAUGCUCAGAGCUAUACUGCAGGCUCUAAAGGUGAUCCCCAAAGAGAAAUUGCCAGGAAUGACCCAAGCACCUGCAGCAGCUGCUGAAACCUGCUAUGUUAAAGGAGAUAGCAUGCAUUGGAAAAGGUUCUUUGUACUUAAAGAAAAUGAUAAGGUCACCCUAAAAAAGAAAAAAGAAAAAAAAGGAAAAAAAGAAAAGAAAAACUCAUGGACUGCCUCCCCAGCUCACUGCAGGGUUGUUUCAUCCGGUAAACAUGAUGCUGGGUUGAUUCCAGCCCGGCAUCUCCAGGUAGAUAGGUGCCCUGCCUGCUUUCCCUCCCCAUUUCCCCUUAGUCUGCCUUUCUCUCAACAGCCCCCUCUCUCUCCAUGCCCCUCUCACCCUCCUGCAGUUAGAGGCACCCUCUGCUCCCUGUCUUUUCUACGCAGACACACUCACUUCUUGCCUCCUCAUAUUUCUUUCUCUACCUCUGUCUUUCUCUGACUGUCCUCUGCCAAUUUCUCUACUCCCUUUUUCAACAUCAUUUUCUCUCCCUCUGAUCUCUGCUGGGGCUCUGCCAUUCUUUUUCUUUCUCAGUCUUUCUCUAACUUCCAUCUAUCUUCUGUUCUCUCCUCCACACCUCACCAUAACUGCUUCAAGCUGUCCAUGCAGAGGGAGGGUGUGUGGCUGUCUGGUUCAGCACCAGACAACUCUGGCAUUUUGAAGAGCUUGGAAUUGCCGUGUUCCUCCUCUCACACACACACACAUGCACACAUGUAUGGGCCUCCCCUCCCACCUGAGUCCCAGGCCCUGGAAGGCCAGCAGAGCCCUCAACCCAGAAUCCCCAUCUCACCCCCUGUAACCUCUACCUGACCCUUCUUACUGUCUCCCCACCGCCACUCUCCUUUCCUUUCUCCUUGGAAACACAUCUUCUCCCUCCCCUUCUCUGCUUCUCUCAGUCUACUGAUACACUUCUGGUAUAUUCUCCGCCCUGGCCCUGGCCCUGGCCCUGGGUCAGUGUGCCUUUGGCUCAGGGUACAUGGCCUUCAGUUUCUCCCUGUGGCUGGGACCUUCUCAUGCCUCUGUGUCUGUGAUUGACUCUGCUAUGGCUGGUUUCUGGGUGGCUCUGUCCCUGUGUGAGUCUUCGAUUUUUCUGUCUGCUCUCUGGAUGCUCCUCUGUCUUGGCUCUGUCCUGUCUCUAGGUCUGUCUCUCCUCUGUCUUUCCCUUUCCACUCGGCAGUGUCUCUGUUCCCUCUGUCUCUCUUCAUCUCCAGAGUGCUGGGACCCACUCUGCCCCAUGGGUCCCACUCUGUCCAUCUUGGCUUGAAUUUACUGGAUCGUUCUGUCCCUGUCUGUGUGUCCGUCUCCCCCCUUCUCUGCCUCUUUUCCUGCCCUGCAGUGAUGGGGCUGGAGAGGGGGUG